AUGGCCAUGCUCAUCCGUCUGAAUGUUAGUUAUGGUACCUGGGUUAUUCUUCUCCAACAUGAACAGGUGUUGGUCGGUGGUCUAGUCGGCGGGGCCUUAGUUGGGUCUCAGGUAUCGUCGCGGAGCUUGCUGUGUCGUUGGCCGGUGGCGGCGGUGGCAGUUGGUCUCCCUCGGACUUCGAUGGCUGGCAGUUGGGAGAAGGGAGGGUGGUGGUGUCGCUGGGGUGGAAAGGCAGAAGCGAAAUGUGAUUGGGUGGGAGUUUGGGAAAUGGACCUAGAAGAAGAUUUAUUGAUUGCAGAGUAUUUCCAGAAUAAGUUGGUAGACACAAUCCAUUUUAUGGAAAUUCUUAAUUUGAAAGAUAGCAUUGAGAAAGACACUUUCUUCCGCAAGCUUCCAAAUCUGUUGGAACAACUUCCCCGCCAAAUUGUACUGAAAAAGUUACUUCCCUUAUUAGCUUCAGCUUUGGAAUUUGGUUCAGCUGUUGCCCCAGCUUUGUCUGCAUUACUUAAAAUGGGUUCUUGGCUUUCACCUGAGGAGUUUAGCACUAAGGUGUUGCCAACAAUUGUCAAACUCUUUGCCAGUAAUGACCGAGCUAUUCGUACUAGUCUCCUCCAUAUAGAACAAUUCGGAGAGUCUCUUUCAGCUCAAAUUGUUGAUGAGCAAGUUUACCCCCAUGUUGCCACUGGAUUCACAGAUAAUUCUGCUUUUCUACGGGAAUUGACACUUAAAUCAAUGCUUGUUCUGGCUCCCAAGUUGUCUCAACGUACUAUCUCAGGAUCUCUGUUGAAGUUUCUAUCUAAGCUCCAGGUUGAUGAUGAACCUGCUAUUAGAACAAAUACCACUAUACUACUUGGAAAUAUUGCUAGCUAUCUCAAUGAAGGGACACGGAAAAGAGUCCUGAUAAAUGCAUUUACUGCUCGUGCUUUGCGUGACACAUUUUCUCCUGCUCGUGGAGCUGGAGUUAUGGCUUUAUGUGCUACAAGUUCUCACUACGACUCUACUGAGAUUGCAACUAGGAUUUUACCAAAUAUAGUAGUGCUUAUAAUUGAUCCUGACAGUGAUGUUCGAUUGAAAGCCUUUGAAGCUGUGAACCAGUUUAUGCAGAUUGUGAAGCAGCACAAUGAAAAGAGCUCGGGAGACGCUACUGCAUCCGGCAGCAGUGUACUCUCAUCAAUGCCAACAAAUGCAAGCAUAUUGGGAUGGGCCAUGAGUUCCUUGACCCUUAAGGGAAAACCUUCGGAAGCUUCAACCACCUCUGGGCCUAUUAAUCCGAUAGCCGAUACCGCUAGCCCAGGUGAGACACCAAUGUCUAUCAAUGUAAGCCCGACUCCAUCUUAUACAACUGAACAACCUGCUCCUCCAUCUCCUACAUCAACGGAUGGAUGGGGAGAACUGGAAAAUGGCAACCAUGAAGAUCUUGAAAGUGAUAAAGAUGGAUGGGAUAGUGUUGAAGAUCUAGAAGAGCCAAAGCCAUCAGCAGCUCUUGCAAAUAUUCAAGCUGCUCAAAAGCGGCCUGUCAUAUUACCCCCCACAAAACCACAAGUUUCAAAACAAAAAGUUGCAGUGAAAGAAGAAGACGACGACCUUUGGGGGUCCAUAGCUGCACCUAAACCAAAAUCAUCUUCAAAACCAUUGAUCCCCAAAAGCAUCCCCCCUUCAAUGGAUAAUGAUGAUCCCUGGGCUUCAAUUGCAGCUCCUCCACCGACUACAACAGUCAGACCUUUGGCUGCAGGGCGAGGACGAGGGGCCAAGGCUGCUGCUGCCCCAAGACUGGGUGCUCAAAGGAUAAACCGGACAUCCUCAUCUGGAAUGUAGAUUUUUCAAAGCAAAGAGGAAAUAUUAAAUCUUGUGGUCUGCAUUCUGAUGAUGAUGAUGUUAAUAUAUUCAUGAGAUUAUAUGUGUGCAUCUAUCUCUAUAUAUUUUUUGUUUUGUAGAAUUAUCAUGUUUUUCAUCAUCAAAUAGCAAUAAUAUUCUUUAUAAUAUGUUAAUUAUUUGUGACUGAAUUGAACUCAUUCAUGAGUUAAUCUGAAAGGUAAAAGUUAUUACAUACAAUUUCUUCUUUGAAUUGAUUUCAAGGGUGUGUUUGAAAGAGAAACUCAUGUAUAGCUGUUAAAGGAUCAUUUUGUAAAACCUGGAGAAUCUGUUAUGAAGUUCCUUUUAAUUGUCAA